UGGGCACAGGUGGGUGGCACUGGUGGGCACAGGUGGGUGGCACUGCUGGGCACAGGUGGGUGGCACUGCUGGGGCGCAGGUGGGUGCACUGCUGGGCACAGGUGGGUGCACUGCUGGGCACAGGUGGGCGGAGCUAGUGGGGCGCACUGCUGGGCACAGGUGGGCGGAACUUGCGGGUGGCACUGCUGGGCACUGAUCAUCAGGGCACUGAUCAUCAAUGCCCUGAUGAUCGGUGCCGAUCCCCGCUCUGACAACUGCCGGUUCUCGGCAGUACUUUCCUCACGAUCUGACAGCGUGAGGAAAGUGCAGCCGAGAACCGGCACUUGC